AUGGGUGGAGAGAUGAUGAAGCCGCCGUCGAUGGCGGCGGGCGUCGCCCUCCUCCUGGCGAUCGCUGUCGCCUUCAUGGCGACAACGACAACAACGGCGGAGGCCGUGGCGGCUUGCAACCCGGCGCAGCUGACGCCGUGCGCGGGCCCGGCGCUGUUCGGUGGCCCGGUGCCGCCGGCGUGCUGCGCGCAGCUGCGGGCGCAGCAGGCGUGCCUGUGCGGGUACGCGCGCAGCCCCAACUACGGCAGCUACAUCCGCAGCCCCAACGCGGCGAGGCUCUUCGCCGUCUGCCGCCUGCCCAUGCCGCGCUGCAGCUAG